CAGGCCGCGCCUCGCGAUGCUUUCCGUCGCAAACUAUUUGAAGAAGCCCCGGCGCGGUGAGCCGCCGCCCAGCGAUGUGGACCCCGCCGCGCCGGCGGUGGUCGGCUCCGGCAUCGUGCGAUGCCUAAGAGUCAAGGGCUUCUGCGUGAUCAACCACGCCGUCUCUGAGUCGAUGGUGGCCAGUGCUAGCGCCGAGCUGCCGGACAAGGAAUGGUAUCAGCCCGCCGUGCUGAUCCAGGAAGGCCUCUUGGGCGUGGAGGGCUCCAACCGCAUCGCGCGCAUGGCCUCGGUGGACUUCGACAGAGCAGAUGCGCCACAGGACGGUCUCGCGGGCAUAGAUUUUGCCAUGUGGAAGCUCGCAGAGGCCAUUGGUCCCUUCCAAGACGAGCUGGGCUUCCGCUGCUGCGGCCGGAGCAUCGGGUUCCUGCACCAGGCCUGCGACCCCGACUUGGAAGAAGCCGAGCUCACGGAUCAAGAGGCCAGCGACUGGAGCGCCAUUUUCACCAGCAGAAAGAUCCUGAUCCUGGUCUUCUUGGGUCCUGGCAAAGGCACCCUUGAGAUGCAGCCGUAUGAUGACGAGGCAAAUGUCUCGGAGAUCACCACGGUGCCGGGUCUUGUGGUCGUUCUGCGCACGGACCAGCUGUCCUUCAAGUUUUUCUGCAGAGGUCGCGAGGCGACCCACGUGGCCUCUUCGUUCAUGCUCCAGAACGACAUUCUGCGAAUGCACAGAAACAGGUUAGAGGCGCACCUCACCCCGGCGGCCCAAGAGCUGGAUCAGUGGAUCGACCAGCGCCUGCGGGAGAUCAAGGAGAUGGAGCCGGAAGAACCCACGGAAGACUGGAGCAAGUCCGAUGUGCCGAGGAGUUUCAUCCAUGCAGCCAACCGUACCUGGUUCAAGCGCCAGACCACCAUCGUCCGGGGAGUGGCCGCAAGGCUGCCUGUGACCUGGGAGACGGAGGUCUUCUUCUUGGGCCUCACCUCAGGUGCAGACACGUGUAUCGAAGUGCCCAUCAUGCGAUGGGAACACGAUACAGUGUACGACCCUUCGCCAGACUGCUGGAAGAGGGACCCUCCGAUGACCAACUGCAGGCAUGCCUCCUUUAUCGACGGAGUGGACCUCUUCGACAACAAGCUCUUCGGGCUGUCGCUGGCGGAGACCAAAGGCAUGGACCCCGGCCAGCGGCUGGUGCUGGAGGUCACCUACGAUGCGCUCUAUAGGAGCGGCAUGAAGAAGAGCUCGCUGAUCAACUCCACGGUCGGCAUGUACGUGGGUACUUCUCAGAGCGAGUGGAACUUUGCCGAGAAAGCAGCUGACGUGGGCAUUUUCGGUGCCACGGGCGGAGCGCCGAGUAUCACAGCCGGUCGUUUGAGCUUUUGCCUGGGCUGCAAGGGCGCAAGCUUGGCGAUCGACACAGAUGCGGCCUCCGGGCUGUCGGCGGUGUUCUGGGCCGCGGAGUCGGUGGAGAAGAAGGGCCAGGGACAUAUCCAGGAGGCAUCCUGCGGCAUCGGUGUGCAUCUCUGCCUGGCGAAGGCCUGGUGGCCUGCGCACAGCGCCGCAGGCUUCCUGUGCCCGGGGGGUCGCUGUUUCACCUUCGACUCCAGCGCCCAGGGCCACGUGAGGUCUGAGGGAGUUGGCACGGUGGUCGUGAAGUGCCAGGAGAAGAUGGAGGCGGAGGCCAAGGACGACGUGCCCUCGGUGGGAACGCUGGUGGGGGGCGCCACCCAGAACAGCGGCAAGAGCGCCGGCAUGAGCGCGCCCAACGGCCCCGCAGAGCAGGCGGUGCUCGUAGAGGCCUGCCGCAAGAGCGGCAUCAUGGCCCUGGACGUGGACGUGGUGGAGUGCCACGGCUCCGGGCGCUUCAUCGCCGAUGCGGUGGAGGCCGCCUCUUGUGGCCGAGCUUUGCGCGACGGCGCGGAGUCGGAAGAUGCGGAGAUGCUGCAGCUGUGCAGCAUGAAGACCAACAUCGGCAAUGCCAUCGAGACCUCGGGCAUCGCCUCCAUGAUCAAGACCCUCCACUCCAUCAGGUGGGGCAUCGUGUGCGCCAACAAUCACCUGAACCAGCUGAACCCGCACUUGGACUUGUCCAGCUGCCCGCUGCUGAUGUGCACGGAGCCCACUGAGCAGAAGCUGAGCGCGGUCUUCAUGGGCGUCAGCGCCUGGGGCUUCGGCGGCACCAACGUUCACAUCCAUUGCUAUGGCGGCGUGGAUGAGGAGAUCCGACUGCCUCCUGAACCGACUCCUCAGGAGUUGAGACCAAGGCUCUCGUACUGGCCCAGCGGCGGCGGUGAUUUGGGCAGCAUGAGCCGUCCCCGGAGGGGCUUCUUCAUCAUCGGCUCUUGGAGCGGUUGGACUCAGCCGGAGCCCAUGGAGGAUGAAGGGGACGGCUGUUACGGCUUCACCUUGGCGGUGGGCGACACUCGUUGGGAGCAAUUCCAGCUCCUCAUCGACAACAACUACGCCAAGGUCCUGCACCCUCAGCGCUACAAGGCGCCGAAGGGGACGGAGGUCUUUGGCCCCACACGCACGGAGGAGGUCAUGCAGGACAGCACCUGGUUCUUGGAUGGCCGGCCUUUCACUGCGCAGAUUCGCGCCAUCGCAGAUCAAGGUUCUAGCGCCUUGGCGGAGAAGGAGCCGAUGGAGUACAAGAACGAGGACGAGGGCAUGCCGGGUCAGCAGUACCGCAUCCGCUUGCACAUCGCCGGCAAGUGGCGGACUGUUACGUGGACCAAGCUGCAGGCGCCCGGCCCCGGGCAGCUCGCGCUGAAAGGCCCCGAGGCAAAGUAUUAUGUGGCGGGCAGUUGGAAUAACUUCCGCUUCGAAGCGAUGGCGCCGGAGCGCGAGGGCACCUUCGCGUGCCAGGUCAGCCUGAGCGGCGGCCCCAACCGCUUCCAACUGGUGAGGAACGGGGACUGGCACCAAUCCAUCUUCCCGGCAACGGCGAACGCAGACCCGAGCGCGGAGAUUGAGGGGCCCACAGAUCGCAGGGACCGUUACUGGCUGGUGAGCGGCACGAGCGGCCAAAGCUUGAAGAUCAUCUUCACGCGCACCGUGGACGCUGAGGGCAAGAGCAAAAUGCGGGUCUCCUGGGAAAAGCUUUGAUCGCUGCUUCGAGGUCGUGAGGUCGCCGAGUCGUCUUCGAGAAGGAUUUGAUUCGGCGGCAUUAGUGG